AUGGUCUCUAUUCCGUAUGGUGAGGUUGCGACCUUCUUAGCUUUGUUCUUUGGUUUGGUCGUCUACGUCAGAGGAAGAAGACAUGGUCGACUCCCCGGACCCUCUGGGUUUCCGAUUAUCGGCAACCUGUUGGACAUGACAGCGCUGGAUGACCCAGCCUCCAUCAAGCAAUGGGGGAGGAAAUACGGGGAGCUCACGUACCUUCGCGUGUUUCGUACGCCGUUCGUGUUCAUCAACGGGGCUAAAGCCGUGACGGAGCUUCUUGACAAACGCAGCGCACUCUACUCUGAUAGACCGUACUUGCCCUUGGCCGGCGGGAUCAUUGGACUGGAUAAGCUGGUGCCCAACACUCCGUUUGGAGAGCGAUUCCGUCUUGAACGCAAGCUUAUGGGCACGGUGCUCAACAUCCGAGCAGUCAAUAAAUGGGAGCAUAUCAUAUCCAAGGAGACACACCUGCUCCUCCAACAGCUCCUUGAAACGCCAGACCAGUUUUCCGAGCAUAUCCGGAGGAUGUCGACUGCUUUAUACUUCAUGACGUUGUACGGAUAUCCUGUCCAGGGCGACUACGACCCGUUCGUCCUCCUCGCGGAGGAGUUCAUGGCUGCAUCCAGCGUUGCUAUCCGCGGUGGCUGGCUUGUAGACUUCAUUCCGGCGCUGAGAUACAUCCCAUUCCUCAGCUUCCAUCGCAAAGCUGCGGCCUGGCGAGCAAAAGUGGUAGACUGGGUUGACAAGCCUUAUGCCGAACUCCGGAAGUACUUCGAAUCGAACCGAGAUUGCUUGUGCGGCGCUAUGUUGAACCCUGAAGACGGACCUAGGGCCGACGCCAAGAUCGAGGAACACAUCAAAUGGAUCGCAACUUCGGUUUACGGUCCCGGCUCUGAUUCGAGCGCCGUUGCGAUCAAACAGUUCAUUCUGGCUCUGACUAUCAACCCCGAUAUUUGCCGCCGGGCGGGCGAGGAGCUCGACGCCGUCGUUGGAAGAGGAAGACUCCCGACCCUUGCCGAUCGCGACAGGCUGCCAUACAUUGAGGCCGUCUAUAGGGAAGUUCUGCGAUGGGGAACUCCGAUCCCUCUGAGUGUUCCGCACCGUCUCAUCCAGGACGAUGUGUAUGAGGGUAAAGUGAUCCCAAAGGGCUCGUGGUGUCUGGCAAACAUUUGGGGCAUUCUACACGAUGAGGAACUCUAUCCGGAUCCGUUCAGUUUCCACCCGGAGCGAUUCAUGCAAACAACGGAUGCGGUUCACGCUCGCUUGAUUGACCCCGAAACCUACGUCUUCGGAUUCGGCAGGCGCCGCUGCCCCGGCCACAACUUCGCACAUGCGUCCGUCUGGCUCGCAGUGGCGUGUAUCUUGGCGUGCUUCGAGGUCGCCCCUAUUGGCGACAAAGAAGAGGACGUUCCGAAACCUGCGUUCACGUCAGGGGCGAUCAGAACUCCGCUUCCGUUCGCAUGUAAGAUAACCCCAAGGCACCCGAAGGUUGCAGAGAUCAUCGAACAGAACACUGAGCGUGCACAGGAGUGAGGUAUCCUCUC